AAUGGCGGACGACGCCGGUGCAGCGGGAGGGGCAGGAGGAGCCGCUGGUGGUGGUGGUGGAGGAGGAGGAGGAGCAGCAGCAGCUGCCAGGGGUGGCUUCCGAGGAGGCUUUGGCAGUGGCCCACGAGGACGUGGGCGGGGCCGUGGAAGAGGACGUGGGCGGGGCCGUGGAGCCCGUGGAAAAGCCGAAGACAAAGAAUGGAUUCCAGUCACCAAGCUCGGCCGCCUGGUCAAGGAUAUGAAAAUCAAGUCGCUGGAAGAGAUCUACCUCUUCUCCCUCCCGAUCAAGGAGUCUGAAAUCAUUGACUUUUUCUUGGGCACUUCGCUGAAGGACGAAGUCCUGAAGAUCAUGCCUGUCCAGAAGCAGACCCGGGCCGGGCAGCGCACCAGGUUCAAGGCUUUUGUUGCCAUCGGUGACUACAACGGCCACGUUGGCCUCGGGGUCAAAUGCUCCAAGGAAGUCGCCACCGCAAUCCGCGGGGCCAUCAUCUUGGCGAAGCUGUCCAUCGUGCCGGUGAGGCGUGGCUAUUGGGGCAACAAGAUCGGCAAGCCCCACACCGUGCCGUGCAAGGUGACGGGCCGCUGCGGGUCAGUCCUGGUGCGCCUCAUCCCUGCGCCACGUGGGACUGGGAUCGUGUCUGCCCCGGUUCCCAAGAAACUGCUGAUGAUGGCCGGGAUUGAUGACUGCUAUACCUCCGCCAGGGGCUGCACAGCUACCCUGGGCAACUUUGCAAAGGCCACCUUUGAUGCCAUCUCCAAGACCUACAGUUACCUGACCCCUGACCUUUGGAAGGAGACCGUGUUCACCAAGUCUCCCUACCAGGAGUUCACCGACCAUCUGGCCAAGACCCACGCCGCCAGAGUCGCUGUGCAGAGGACCCAGGCGGCUGCCGUGGCAACCACCUAAUGUGUUUUUGUAUGGGAAAUAAAAAACUAUAAAUGACCCAG